UCGCUCGGCCCCGUCGCCCGUCAUCAAUCGCCCCUCCAGUCUCGCUUCGGCUCCAUACUCUUGUCCGUCUGCGUCGUCCCCGCCUCGGUAGCUGCAUUCCGGAGCCACCCAGCACGAUCGCCGACUCGCUCCCCCCUCUCGUCCUUCCCGGCCCCCAUCGACUCGUCCUUCCCGCAACUCGCCCAUGGGUAUCCAGGAUUUGGCCAUCGUCCCGCAGGAGGGAAAGCCCUCGAUCGUCCGCGGCUUUCUGGGCCUGACCCCAGACAUUGCCUUUGCCGGCGACAUUGUCUACUACACCUCAAAGUCCAGCCGGCCCACCCUCGCCUCUCUCUUCCUUUCGCUCAACGCCUACAUCCUGACCAAUGUCCAGAAGGACGAGUCUGCCGACGACGACAAUCCGCACCACACCCAGACCACCUACUUUCUCAAGCGCCAGGUCUUCAUCGCCGGCGACUCGUCCGUCACAGACCCGCAGUCGGCUCCCCGCAAAAGCUCGGCAUAUCUCGAGCUCUCCUCGAGCGAGUGCCACCGAUUUCCCUUCUCGAUCGAGCUCGGGCCCGACAUUGUCCCCUCGCUGCCGGGGUCGUUCACCUGGGACUACUCCAAGAAUGCCUCGGCCUCGGUCGUGUACGAGCUGACGGCCACCCUCAUUACCGCCCCGAAGCUGCUCCGAUCCGCCAAAGUCAUCACGACAUCCGAAAUCGUCGACGUGCCCAAGGUGGACCCGCCGAAUGUCAUCAAGGGCGAGACGACCGCAACCAACAUUGUGCAUCAAGGUGUCAACGAGUUUAUUCAGUACAACAUCCAUCUCGAUCGAAGCAUUUUCGGCCUCCGGCAGCCUGUAGGCUUCCAAAUCGUCGACAUCUCGCCUCGGAGCAACGAUAUCAAAAUCAAUGGUCUCUCCGUCAAGUUAGUCCAGCACGCCGUCAUCAAGUCCGCCGGGAUUGCGCACGAGUUCGACACCGUCCUCAACGAGAUCCCAGAGGGCAGCUCUGCCUUCACACAAGCGUCCUCUGUGCGGUGGAGCGGGGCCGGGGAACUCAUCGUCGAAAAGGCGCAUCGCCGAGAAAAGAACAUCCAGAUCGACGCACUCUCGGCCAUGGAGCUCGAGACCGUCAUUAUUUGGCACUCGGUUGCCAUUGAAGUCCACAUCAAGCAGCAUUCUUCUGUCUGCCUGGAAAUUCCCGUGUGGUUCAUGGACAUUGACGACGAGACCCGCAAGUGGGUCGUCAAGCAUUGCGGCGGGGUUAAGCCCGAGGCUCUGGUCGGCUCGGCUUUCCGAAAGGUUCGAUGAGCCACUCCCUGCUGUUCAUGAACAACUUUGUUCAAGACUCUCCACCUUCCCUUUCCUUCUCAGCAUGGAUGGCCUGUCUUCCUUGGCGAUCCGGGCUC